AUGACAAUUCAUUUCCAUACAGAAAUUGGUGCAAUUGGAGUUGGUCCAUAUCCUAAAUUAGGCCAAGAAUUAGGUGAUCUUUAAAAUGCAGGAAAAGAAUCAUGCACAUUGAAUCCUGGUGCCACUACUUUUGAAAGUAGUGAGUCCUUUGGCAUCAUCAGAGGAGGACAUUUAGAUAUGACCGUAUUGGGAGCUAUGUAAAUCACAAAACAAGGAGAUAUUGCUAAUUGGGUCAUUCCAGGAAAGAUGGUGAAAGGAAUGGGAGGAGCUAUGGAUUUAGUUGCUUCUGGAUCUAAAGUGUUGGUAGUCAUGGAACACACUGCCAAAGGAGAGGUGAAAUUCGUUAAUCAAUUGUAAUAUCCAGCAACAGGAAUGAACAAAGUUAGUCAAGUUAUUACAGACAAGGCUGUAUUUGUUAAGAGAGAUGGUUAAAUUGGUUUUGACAGAAAUCUCAAGUGAUACUACUCUUGAAUGGGUUAGAGCCAAUACAGGAUUCGAAUUAACAGUUGCAGACGAUCUAAAAACCUUCUAAGUUUGAUACAA